CUGAUUACAAAUAAAUAUGAACGUGCAUUUGUCCAAAUGAUAGUUUAUUUGGCAAUUGAAUCAUUUAUAAUUGCUUCAAUCAUUAUUUCAGCACAGUCAUUGGAUGGUUUAUUUGUUACUGUGUUUGGUAUGACUUGUGGAAUUAGUUUAUCUCCAGACUCUGGAUGGCUAUGUAUUAAAGAGUUAGGUGAUGAGAGUAGUCCAUUUGGAAAUCGAUGGAUGUUGCUUACAGCUGGAUUUAUG